UGAUAUAAAAAGUACAGACUUAAACAGAUGGCGACUAAAAGUUGAAAAUGGUAGACAGACAUGGCAUUAUUUAGAUGAGGAUGAAGCUAAAAAUUGGCCUCAAUCUGUCAUUGAAAAGUAUUGGAUUGGAUUACACUUUCCAAAAACAGCUUUCGAAGCAGCCCAAAAUGGGUUCGAAUUUUUUAAGCAAUUACAAACUUCUGAUGGGCAUUGGGCAGGUGAAUAUGGCGGGCCAAUGUUUUUGAUACCAGGACUUAUUAUCGCAAUGUAUAUUACGCAUAUUCCUAUCCCGGAAGCUUGGAGAAUCGAAAUUAUUCGAUAUUUGGUAAAUAAAGCAAAUCCUGUUGAUGGUGGAUGGGGAUUGCAUAUUGAACAUCAUUCAACGGUAUUUGGAACUGCUUUGAAUUAUGUUGCGCUUCGCAUCUUAGGUCUUGAUCCCGAUCAUCCGGUAAUGGUAAAAAGUAGAGCAACUUUACACAAAUUUGGAGGUGCAAUUGGUGCGCCUUCAUGGGGAAAAUUUUGGUUAGCAUGUUUAAACGUGUAUGACUGGGAAGGGCUUAAUCCAAUUCCACCAGAACUAUGGCUCUUUCCAUACUCUGUACCGUUUCAUCCAGGUCGUUUUUGGGUUCAUACCCGUGCAGUAUACCUCCCAAUGGGAUACUGUUAUGGACGUAGAUUACGUGCCGAAGUUACUCCAUUAAUCGAACAACUUAGGCAGGAAUUAUACGUUGAACCAUUUGAGACAAUUAAUUGGUCUAGUGCCCGAAAUAAUAUUGCAGAUGUUGAUCUUUAUGUUCCGCAUACCAAAACGUUAAA